AAGGAGAUUUGUGGUGCAAGAAUGCGAGGAGCAAGAAGAUAAUUUUCAAAGAAUGAGCCGUCGGAAUGUGCGUGAUGCCACAAAUCCCUUGGAGCUGCCUCAAACAUUGUAAGCUUAUAGCUCAAUGUAUACAUUUCCGACGGGAAAAUUAAAAACAUAAUAACAUAAUAAUAGAAGUUUACGAAAUACUUUCGGGUGAGUAAACCUGCAUUUAAAUACCUGCUGGAAACGUGUGGAUCCUCUAUUCAGCCUGACAAAAAGCAGUGCGCUGUACCAAUAAUAAUUAAACUUAGCGCUUGUUUGCGUUUGUUUGCCGAAGGUGGACACCAGACUGGAAUUGGCAUGGAUUAUGAUGUCGGUCUGGCCCAAUCAACUUUGAGCAAAAUACUAGUCGAAAUAUUAGACGUUUUCGAAAAAGCAAUUUGCCCGAAUUGGAUAAAGGUUCCAAAAUCGGAGGAAGCAAAGGGGAAGACUGCACAAAUUUUCUAUCUGAAACACAAAAUUCCUGGAGUAACAGGAUGCCUUGACGGAACUCAUGUUCGCAUUAUUGUGCCAACCGAAAAUAAACAUUUGUACUACAAUAGAAAAGGAAACUUUAGUUUAAAUGUUAUGCUGCUUUGUGACAAUUACUUAAAUAUUCGCUACGUUGAUGCAUCACAUCCCGGUGCCUGUCACGAUUCCUUCAUUUGGGAUUCCAGUGGUCUACGCGCUUACUGUGAACAGCAAUAUUUGCAAGGUGUUACUAACUUUUGGUUCUUAGGUGAUGCCGGCUAUCCGUUAGAGCCAUGGUUAUUAACUCCACACCGAAAUCCGCACGAAGGUUCAGCGGAAAUGAAAUUUAAUGAGGUCCACUCAAAAUGCAGAAACAUUAUUGAAAUAACCAAUGGAGUUUUGAAAAAUCGGUGGAGAUGUCUACUUGGCGUACGGGAGCUUCAUUAUACUCCAAAGAAGGCAGCGAAAAUCAUAAAUGCUUGCUGUUGUUUGCAUAACAUUUGCAUAUUUUUCAAAACAGAUGAAGUUCCACAUAAUGAUACUGGUGUUUAUAUUCCGGGAAGUGAAGUGUUCUCUAUAACUUCCUUUCAAAAUUUAAAUGCAGCUCAAAUGAUAAGAACCAAUAUUGGUAACUCACUCACCUAAAAUUUAUUAAUAUUUCUGUUUUCAUUCAUUUUUACGAAGGCUUAGUUCCUUUCUCCUAUAACUAACAUAAUGGA